CGUCAGGAGAAACGACAGGCUUGUGGGAUGGAUGAACGAACAGUAGUUCGGCGUGCUGUGUAAAUAAUGAGAAAUAACGGCGCUUCUCUUCUAGGAUAUGUCUGCCUAUGUGAAAAAAAUUCAAUUCAAGUUGCAUGAAAGCUACGGUAAUCCUUUAAGAGUUGUUACCAAACCACCGUACGAAAUCACCGAAACGGGCUGGGGUGAAUUUGAGAUAAUCAUUAAGAUAUUUUUCAUUGAUCCAAAUGAAAGACCUCUUGACCAAGCUGUCUUAAAGUUGGUUGGGUGUUUUUUCUGUGCCGCUGUUCUUGGAAGGCUGUUUCGGUGCCUGUCGUGCUCUUCCUUUCCAGGAAGUACCAACCGGAGUAAGGUAACCUUGUAUCACUUGCUGAAGCUUUUUCAGUCUGAUACCAAUGCCAUCCUGGGAAAGAAAACUGUGGUUUCUGAAUUCUAUGACGAAAUGAUAUUCCAAGAUCCUACUGCAAUGAUGCAGCAGCUGUUAACAACGUCUCGUCAACUAACGCUAGGUGCUUAUAAGCAUGAAACAGAGUUUGCAGAUCUUGAAGUGAAAACCAGGGAAAAGCUGGAAGCUGCCAAAAAGAAAACUAGUUUUGAAAUUGCUGAGCUUAAAGAAAGACUAAAAGCAAGUCGUGAAACCAUCAACUGUUUAAAGAAUGAAAUCAGAAAACUUGAAGAAGAUGAUCAGUCUAAAGAUAUGUGACGAGUGUUGACUUGAUAAAGAUCCUAUACUGAAAACGGGAGGACUUCAAUCAUGGAAUUGUAUGGGUUCUCUUGAAUUCUGCAACUGAGACUAUGUGAACUUCACUUGCAAAUGAUUGAAGUAGGUGGCCAUCGACUUCAUUAAUGGCAGAAAAAGGAAAGAAAGUAUCCUUGUUUGGGAUACUAAAAUCUGUGGGUACUUAAUGAUUUAUUUCAAGUAGAAGGGGUCUUGGAGACCAGACGACUUUUUUUUUUUUUUUUAACUGCAUUUGAGCGGUGCAUAAAAACUUUGUAUUAAGUCUUGUAUUAGUUCAGUGUGAUUUUACAAAAUGCUGGUGUUUACUUUUUUUACUUGUUUUUUCUACGGAUUGUUUAGAGAUGCAUCUUUAAAGCUGAAAAUAAAAUAUGCUUUUUUUUUUGGUCUCUGUCCAGUUGUGGGCUUCAAGAACAAUUGUAAAUAGCAUACCCUGAUUUAAGGCAGAGGUUGAAAUAUAAUGGUAUGCAAGUUGCUCAAGUCUGGUUACAGUGAUUUCUGCAUGUCUCGCUGUUGUCAGCAGAGUGAAAAAACUUCCUGAAAACAGGAUUUUAAAUAACUUGUAGAUCUACAGAUAAGAGUUACUAGCCCCACGUCUGCUUUAGCACAUAUAAAUGCAUCAAUUACACAAGUUAUACUCAGAAGCAG